UCGACCAAAAGUGUCGAAGCAAUAAGCAAAAUAAGAGAUGACAUAAGGGCUUACAAUAAUUUUUUUUUUUUAUUUCUACAUUUCUGCAAGUACCGGCAAGGAGUGUAUUAAAGGCGACACAUAUCUACCCUUGUUCCACGAGAUGCAGACUGGUUUGGUCAGUUGUGUUUCUCGAAAGGCUUAUCGAGUGGGGGAGCCAACAGCGUUCGCCGAACAGGCGAUGAGUGCGGAGGAUCAACAACUUAUAUCUUGUGAGAUCAGCCCAUCUAUUGGGGAAAUACAGUGUGGGUCAGCACAAGCAUGUAGAUAGAAAAGGCCUCCAUCCAGCUAAGGAUAUCUUCUAUGAGGCGUUUGUUUUUCUUCGUCUUGGAUGAUAACACCAGCCGGCCGUCCAACAUCUGUUGUGGUUCGUCCUCAGUUGCUGGAGUGAGGUUAGCGAGCAGACAAGUCGCUCAGAUCGAUAAACCGCCCAGUGACAGUCUGGGUAACGAGCUUCGGUGGUACUGGCGAGUGACCCAGACCAACGACAAAUGCCCAUUGAGUAGCUCGAAGUCGUUGUUGUGUUCGCUGGGGCGAACGAGGUUGRUUGUUCUCKGUUUGCUAUAGCUGACACAACGGCGGCUUGAAUAACCUCUAGCAAUUCGGCAGAAAUUGGAGAAGACUGUGGAAACGGUGGAUCGGCCAUUGCUAUUAACUGGGUAGUCCAAAAGCGAUAAAAGCAAGCGACAAAGAAAUGCAAAUUGUACGAUGGCAAGGAUGCAAAGAUGGCAUACAAGCUACAAGCCAGCUAGUGAACACGCCACCCGGAGCGUGGGCGCAUGCGUAGCAUGGAUGGUCCGCUGGCCAACGUUGCUUAGGCUAGCAGGCGUAGUUGUGGUUUUAACUUUGCCUAAAUUACAUUUAGCCCCAUAUAUAUUAAUAGACGUGUCACUUCGCCUAAAUAUAGUUGGAAAACUUGUAACAGGAAAGUAGUAGAAUAAAGACUUCAUGUUAACACCUCGAUUCCUACAAUGGCUACGAGUGAUCUACCCCUGGCUUUAAUUUUACAACCAGGAACCCUCAAAUAUGUUUUUCAAGAAAUCGUAAACAGUUAUAGUAAUAAAUUGAGCAURGUUUUCAUAAAAGAUGUAACUGAUUUACAUAUAACUGAGGAUCAAUACUCAAAGAUACAAGGUCUUGCACUAGUUGGAAGAAACGGGCAAAUGGAUAUCAAUGGUUCUUUUAUGGACUUGUUUCCAAACCUUCUCAUCAUUUCAUCAAUUGGUGUAGGUGUUGACCAUAUUGAUGUUACAGAAGCAAGAAAGAGGGGAAUAAAGAUAGGCUUUACACCCAAAGUCAUAGGUGAUUGUACUGCUGAUCUUGCCUUUGCAUUGUUGCUUGCAUCUGCGAGAGAUGUUGUAAAGGGUGACAUGACAAGCAAGCAUUCUAAUUUCUUGUUAAAGCUUGAUUGUUCUUGGCCUGGAGUAAAAGUUAGUGGUUCUACCAUUGGCAUUGUUGGCUUUGGCAGCAUUGGAUCUACAGUUGCUAAACGUGCUAAAGGGUUUGAUAUGAAGAUACUUUACCACACACGGACAAUAAAAGAAGAUGUGGAGAAAGAGACAGGUGCAGAGUAUUGCAAUCAACUCCAUGAUCUUCUUAAGCAAGCUGACUUUGUGGUUCUCUGUGUUCCUCUAACAUCAGAAACUAAGUAUUUAAUCAGUGCAUCAGAGCUGUCAAUCAUGAAACCAUCUGCAACCCUAAUCAACAUUUCUAGGGGUGACGUGGUUAAUCAGGAUGACUUGGUUAAAGCAUUACAAACAGGACAAAUACGAGGUGCAGCAUUAGAUGUGACAUCACCUGAACCUCUGCCAAGAGAUCAUCCAUUACUAACACUACCAAAUGUAAUCAUUACCCCUCACAUUGGCACAUUUACUGAGACAACAAGGAUAAAAAUGAUAAAAACAGUAAUGGAGAACUUAAUUGCUGGAAUCCAUGGGAAGCCUCUCUUAUACCAAUAUUAGAAGAUUCUUCAAAAACUUACUUUAAUUUUCUUAGUUAUUAUCCAGAAUAGCUACAAUGAACAACUUUUAUGGUAGACACUCAAUAGAAGAAUCAUUGUCGGGUUCAGAAACAUAGAACAUAAAAGCUGAGACCAAAAUGGCACAUGGGAAAUGACAUAAUUAUAUUAUAAUUUAUUCAUUUACACCAUCCAUGCAGUCGUUUUAGAAUGCCAAACGCAUAUUAAAAACAGUGGAUGAUGCCACGGGUCGCCGGUCACAGCAUGCAUCUAAUUGACCUACUCCCCAUGUGCAAUUUCGGUCUCAGCUUCUAUGUUCUAUGUUUCUGAGCCCGACAACGAUUCUUCAAUUGAGUGUAUAUAUAUAUAGCCUGGAUAUAGACACUCUUCUUCUACUCCUUGAUUGGACCAGGCAUUGUGGGAUGUUUCAUUGGAUUAUUAUACAACAGUAAACUAGAAAUCUGUAAAAACUAACUUUAUACUUUACAAUAAUUGAAUAAUGUGAAUAAAAUCAAUCACAUGGCUGUCAGACAGUUA